CUAUAUAUUUUAGCAUAAGCUUCUCAUCCAACACUCUUUCCACUCAACUUUUGGUUUUUAAUUAGAAUUAAAAAAAAAAAAUGGAAUUGCUUCUUCGCCUGCUUGUAGCUCAAGUAAUCAUGUUGGCUUUAUCAUGUUCAUUUGUAUCUUCUUACGACCCAAAUCCUCUUCAAGACUUUUGUGUUGCCGCCAACGAAACUAAUAGAGUGUUCGUGAAUGGAAAAGUCUGUAAAGAUCCAAAAUCAGUAACGGCAAAUGAUUUCUCUUAUUCGGGAUUAAACAUGGCGAGAAACACAACCAGCUUCAUUGGUUCUAAUGUCACAACCGUAGAUGUCAACAAAAUCCCUGGCCUCAACACCCUCGGAGUCUCCCUCGCUCGCUUAGACUUUGCUCCGGGAGGUCAAAACCCACCGCACAUACAUCCACGCGCCUCUGAAAUACUCAUGGUAGCCAAAGGAAAACUCCUGGUUGGGUUUGUUUCUUCGAACCAAGACAACAAUAGACUUUUCUCCAAGGUUCUUAAGCGUGGAGACGUUUUUGUGUUUCCCAUUGGUUUGAUACAUUUUCAAAUGAACGUUGGGAGGACGAGGGCGGUCGCGUUUGCUGGGUUUGGGAGCCAGUUUCCUGGCACCAUCACGAUCGCCGACGCGGUUUUUGGAUCGGACCCUUCGAUUCCUCGAGAGGUUUUGGCUAAAGCUUUUCAGUUAGACGCAAACUUGGUUAGAUUUCUCCAGAUAGUGUUUGGUCCUGCAUUAUGGUCGUAGGAUAUUUUUAUGGUAAUAAGUUUUUACGAUGGAUGAUAAUAUAAUAAGUAGGAAAAAAAUUACAUGAUUGGCUACAAAUUAUUGUAUAUAAUUUGUUACCGAGUAAAAUUAAAACAAUAUAUUAUGUGUCAAUAUGUAAGGGGGUUCUUUAACAAAAAAAAUAAAAAUAUGUAAGGGUUUUUAUUUUUUA